GCUAUACAGGUCACUGCAGUUGCCAGUACCGCAAGCAGCAGAGCUCUGAUGGCCAAUUGGAAAUUUCACCUUCCGUGCAACUCCUGGUUGCAUGCGUGCUGGCAGUUGCCUUGCUGGGAUCCACCACCGGCCCAGAAGGGUCGCUGAUCACAGACGUAGAUGGUUACGUUCACCAGUUCUUGAUCGCUGCGCUGUCGCCAGAGGACCACAGAUUUUUUGCUGCUGUGUCAAACCGCUUGGAUGACUUCGGGCAGCUGCUAGCCUGGCUUCUGGCCGGUCUAUCAACCCUGAUCCUGCUGAGUACUCGCGGCGAAGGUGGCUUGCCAUUGAUCUUGUCGACACCCUCAGGUCUCGAGGGCAUCAAAUUCCUGCAGCGCAUGUUGAAGGAGAUCUUCCACAGGCAAAGACCAUCUGAGCUUCUGACGGACUUCUCUUAUCCGUCUGCGCACACCGCAAGGUUUGCCUUCUGCGUGGCAUUGGUUCUCUGUGUUUUGCUUCCCAGACUUGAGAGGUCUUCGAAGCAGGCCCCUCGCGAAGCUUCAGCUGCCACCUGGUGGGCAGCUGCCGCAGUGUCCUGGAUUGUCAUGGGAUCUCUGCGUGUGCUGGCUGAUGCCCAUUGGCCGAGUGACACUGCUGGCGGUGCAUGCCUCGGGGUCUCCAUGGCUGCUGCCAUUGACAUUGUAUGGAGGAGGUCUGCCUAUAUCGUUUCA